AUGAAUGCGAACCGAGGCGCCAAAAUAAUCCUGCACUGGCUGGAGAAAUCCCGCGCCCAGCGCAUAAUGUGGCUCAUGGAAGAACUGAAUCUCUCCUACGACAUCAAGACCUACAAACGCGGUCCCAACGGCAUCGCUCCCCCGGAGCUAAAACAGAUCCAUCCACUGGGGAAAUCACCCAUCGUCUCGGUCCAACCACCGGAUGCCUCCCCCAUGGUCCUUGUCGAGUCGGCCGCCAUCAUCGAGUACUUCCUCGACCAUUUCGGUGGACCGAACACCCACCUCGUUCCACAGCGCUAUAAACCCGGGCGCGAGGGCCAGGUAGGCGGCGAAACAGACGCCUGGAUGCGCUAUCGGUACUUUAUGCACUACGCAGAGGGAAGUCUCAUGUCUCCGAUCCAGGUGCAGCUCAUCAUGAAUGGUAUUUCCUCUCCUCAUCCCAUCAUGUCCCUGGCUAAUGCAGGAACAAUAGCAGUCAAAGACGCUCCCGUCCCCUUCUUCAUCAAACCCAUCACCGGCUUCAUCACCGGCAAAGUCAGCGCCGAGUUCCUGGAUCAAGAACUCCGCACCCAUUUCCGCUUCCUCGAGGACCAGCUGGCGUCGGCCCCGGAGGAAGGGCCGUUUCUGUGUGGUUCGCGGUUGACGGCUGCGGAUAUCCAGAUGAGUAUUCCGGUUAUUGCGGCGCUGAAUCUUUCUAUCAUCCCGCGGGGGGAGUAUCCGCGGUUGGAUGCUUAUGCGGGGGUGAUUCAGAAUGAGCAGGGGUACAGACGGGCUGUUGAGAAGGUGGAGAGGAUUGAGGGGAAGCCUUUUGUGCCGAUCUAG